AAGCGAAAACAGAAAUAGAUCAAAGAUGGACGCCUACUUACGAUUAUAAAGAAAAAAAAAGUAAUGGAUGAUAACUCGUCAAAUUUUUCAUCCGGUAAUGAAGUCAGUUACGGUAUUGAUAAUGAUCAAACCGCAGCUGGUAGGCAGCAAAAUGAUAACGGCUACCUUCGUCCCCAAUAUUCGAUGGAAGGUUUGCUUAAUUUCUUGGAGUCUGAAUGGGCUCGAUUCGAGAUGGAAAAGUCAGAGUGGGAAGUGGAAAGAGCAGAACUUCAAGCAAGAAUAGCUUUUUUACAAGGCGAACGUAAAGGGCAAGAAAAUUUAAAACAGGAUUUAAUUCGACGAAUAAAAAUGUUAGAACAUUCAUUAAAGCAAGAAAGAGCAAAAGUUCAACGUUUGUUGGGAAGUGCGACUGAAGCUUCUCACGUUCAAAGCGAAGACUCAGAAAUAUCCAUUUCAGCAGAUUCCGGUGCUGAUAAUUUUAGUAGUGGUUCCUGGAGAACAGGAAGACAUAUUCUUCGUCAAUAUUUGCAGGAUAUAGGUUAUCAUUCGGAUACUAUUUUAAAUACAAAAACCGUUCGCUCGAUGCCAAAACCGACAAUUCCCGAUAAUGAAGCAGCUGUCCUAGACAGUUUGGAACUUUUAAGUAAUGAAGUGAACAAGUUAGGUGAUAAUUUAGAAGAAAAAUCUGAUAGAGAAUCUAUGACAACAAUAGAUGAUAUACUCUCGUCUUGCCAUUCAGAAGAUGUUAUGAAAGAAUUUGAUGUGAUUUUGUCAGCUGUUGAUCAGGACCAACAGCCAGUGAAAGAGGAAUGGGGGGUUAAUGAAAAAUUCAUAUCUAACUUGAAAGAGGAAUACAGGAAGGAAAGGAGGAGAAAAAAGGCUCCACCGUCUCCUCGUCUUGGACGACCAGCAUUAAAUAAUAUAUUAAAUAUGCCCGUAAAUGAUAUAGCACCUAGUGGAGGGGAGGAACAAAUUACUUUUGAAGAGAUUGUUCCAGAAAAAGUUGAACCAAGUAGUGGGGAUAAUACAGCGGUCAGUAGCGAGCAGGAAAUGUUAAAUCUACUUGAGAGCACAGAAGACUCGAGCACAAAAACAUGGAGUGCAAAAUAUACUUUGCGAUCACAUUUCGACGCCAUUCGAUCCGUGUAUUUUCAUCCUAAUGAACCAAUAUUAUUUACCGGUAGCGAGGACCAUACUUUAAAAAUGUGGAAUCUAAAAAACCCUAUCCAAAGCAAAUCAGCGGGGAAAAAGUCAUCCCUAGAAGUAGAAGCUAUGUAUACUUUUCGUAAUCAUAAAACUCCAAUAACUAAAGUGGCCUUAUCUAAAGACGCGGAAUAUUUAUACUCAGGAUCACUUGAUGGAAAUAUUAGAGUGUGGAGAACACCACCUGUUAGCAUGGAUCCUUAUGAUAAUUUUAAUCCAAAAAUUGCUGCCGACUGCUUAACAGCUCAUACGGAUGCUAUUUGGGGAUUAAAAUGUUGCGAAAAUGUUUUAUUGUCAUGCUCCGCCGACAAUUCAAUUAGAAUUUGGAAUGCAGAGCCUGCUGCAGUACCUCUUUUAAAUACCAUCCAUACACCACCUGAGCUUGGGUCACCGUCAGCUUUGGAUUAUAUUAAAUCUAAUAAACACUAUAUGAUAGUAUGCUUUAAUAAACCAACAACAUUAACAGCUUUACUAUACAAUAUUGAAACAGGAGAAGAGAUAAUGUCAUUACAGAUACCUGACAACUUUCGAAGCAGAAUCAAUGCGGUAGUCACGCAUCCUACAUCUCCUCUCGCUAUAACUGCUCAUGAUAAUAAACAAAUAAGAUUUUUUGAUUUAACUUCAGCCAAAACUGCCCAUGUAAUUAACAUGGCACAUAUGGAUAGCGUUACGUCUUUGGAUGUUGAUUCAGCAGCCAUAAAUUUAGUGUCUGGUAGUCAUGAUGGAACAGUAAGAAUAUGGAAUGUAGAAUCGCGACAGUGCCUGCACGAGAUUACAGCACAUAGGAAAAAGUAUGAUGAAUCAAUCUUCGAUGUCGCUUUUCACCCUUCGAAGGCGUUUAUUGCGUCUGCUGGAGCAGACGCCAUCGCAAAAGUGUUCGUUUGA